AUGGUUGAUCUUCUGAAGGAAGGUACGAAAAAUUUGUCUGGUCUUGAAGAGGCCGUUCUUAAGAACGUCGAGGCUGUCCGCACACUUUCACAGAUGACGAAGACAACAUAUGGCCCACAGGGUAUGAGGAAGUUGAUAGUGAACUCCCGAGGGAAGCAGUAUGUCACUUCAGAUGCGGCGAAAAUCAUUGGGGAAUUGGAGUUCAACCACCCCGCCGCUAAUAUGGUUAUCAUGGCUGCUAAACAGCAACAAGUCGAGGUUGGGGACUUCACCAAUUUGGUCAUCAUGUUUGCGGGUGAGUUAAUGACACAAGCGGAAGGGUUACUUAGGAUGGGUCUUCAUCCGACUAUAAUCGUCGACGGGUAUCGAGCUGGUCUGAAAUACUUUGUCGAACACACUGAUGACUUUGCGAUCGAGAGAUUAGCUGGAGAUGCUUCAAAUCAACUUGUAGAAAAGUAUAUGAAGUCCGUCUUAUUCUCUAAAGUGCCCGGGUAUGCCGACUUCUUCACUCAUUUAGUCGUGGAGGCUUGCUCGAAAACAGUGAGAGGUGGUUCUUUUGAUGUCGACAACGUUCGAACGAUUAAAAUCCUCGGGGGGUCUGUCGACGAGAGUGAAAUAGUGAAUGGCUUUGUCUUGCAAACCGAGCCUGCUGGCAGUGUUUUAAGUGCCACCAACACUAAAGUCGCGAUCUACGUUCAAGGUUUCGAACUCCCCAAAACAGAGACCAAAGGCACUGUUUUACUCAAAGACGCCGAUCAGUUCAAAAAUUUCUCGACUGGAGAGGAGCAAUUGAUGAAGGGUUAUGUCGACCAAUUGAAGACUGCUGGUGUUGGACUUAUUAUUUGUGGGGGUAAUGUUUCUGAUUUAGCUCUUCAUUACUGUGAUCGCGCUGGUAUUGUAGUCCUCAGAGUACCAAGCACUUUUGAUUUGAAAAGAAUAUGUAGGGUUACUGGGAGCACUCCGUUCAUUUCAUUGACCUCCGAGUGUGACUCAGGGAAGUAUGGAAAUUGCGAGAAGGUGUAUGUCAAGGAGGUUGGAAGCACGAAGUGUACGAUAUUAGAAAGAAGUGAGAACUCGGCAGUGACUACUAUAGUCGUGAGAGGAUCAACUCAAAAUGUUUUGGACGACAUCGAACAAGCACUUGACGAUGGGAUUUGUGAAUACAAAGUCUUUGAAAGAAACAAGAAGUUUGUUGCUGGAGCUGGUGGGUUUGAAAUUGAAAUGUCGAAGAAGUUGAGUGAGUAUGGAGAUUCAAUCAAAGGGUUAACUCAGUACUCAGUCAAAAAGUUUGCAGAAGCUUUCCAAAUGGUUCCCCGUGUUCUUGCUGAGAACAGCGGGUUGGACGCAACUGAAGUCUUGAGUGAGUUGUUUGUCGCACACCAGAAUAAUCCAAAUAUGGCAGUCAACGUCGAAAGCGAGACACAACUGAUCGACGCAAAACAAGAUAUGGUCCUUGACAACUUGGAGGCAAAGAAAAAUGCCUUCAUCCUCGCUACUAACGUCUCAAUCACCAUUUUACUCGUCGAUCAAAUCGUCAUGCAAAAACCAGCCGGUGGACCUAAAAUGCCAUCUCAAAGAAUGUCGGGACCAAUGGAUCAAAACGACGCCGGAUUUUAA